UUCCGUAUUCGAGGAUAGUAGUGGCGGGUCAUAGCUGCAGUUGAUAGUUGUCAGUAUUAAGGUAAAAUAAAUUGCAAAAGAAGUCUCUUGAAAUGCAGAGUAGCGUGAAUAAACCGUGUCAGGUGUGCAAUUUCACACGACAAACAUCGUACGGGAUAGCGGUUCCCUCCUUAGAUGAUCUGAAGGAAAAAGGUCGAGAACAUUUUGGGUUCACCUCCAGUGACCCAGUCACAGUGGUCCUAGAGAGUGAUGGGACAAUAGUAGAAGAUCAAGCCUACUUUUUGUGUUUACCCUCAAACACAAAAUUCAUGCUACUGAAUAACAAAGAAACAUGGUCUCCACCUCGCAAGAUUGAUGGUGGCACAGCUUGGCUAGCUAGGGAUUCUAUGAUACUGGAGACUGAUACUGUGGAUUCCUCCAGCACUAUGGCACCCUGGUGUGAACUGGCUCGGCAGCUGAAGCAGGACCUGACCAGCAUUAUUCUCAUGUCUGAGGCGGACCUACAGACCUUAGUUGAUGCCCCAUGCCCCGAACUAGCCUCUUCCCUGGGCUUCCAAGAGAAGAAGGCCCAGGAUCUCCAGGCAACACUGCAGAGGGUUUUGGAUCGAAGAGAGCAGGAGAGGCAGUCCAAGGAAUUGCUCCAACUCUACCUAAAAACUGUAGAGGAAGAGAACAGACAACAAGAAGAACCAAGCCAGCCUACUCAGGGAGGUGCUGUCGAUGUGGAUGUGCUGGAUGGAAUGGAGGUGGAUGCUGUUUCCGGAUUUAUGACCAGGACUUUGAGGGUCCUAAAAGGCAAAACAUCCCCAGAGACCAGGCUUUCCACUGAGGAUCUGCAGAUGGUAGUGGCCAAAGGGGUGGAAGGUAUGGAGCAGGUGCUGGGCUGGGACAGAGCAAAGACGUCCGUGCUGCUGCAGGCCUGCGAAGCUGAGCUGACCACACGUCUUCAGCAGAUUCAGGCCAUGCAAUCCAUCAGGAGCAACACACAGCUGCGCGGCAACCAACAGUCGAGCAAAAAGAGCAAGGAGGGGGGCGCAGAAAUGCCAGCCCAAGGCGGCGUCUAGGCCGAGGCUCUACCUGAGCAGAGACUGAUAAGGAGUCACACUACUAGCCUCAGAGUCAGCGGAGUGGGAUUUUGCUCUGUGUUACUGAUAAUAACAAAACUGCUGGAAUACAUGAAUCCUAAAAGUGUGACACUUUUGUAAGAUUUGCGAACCACUUGAAUGCUUUUGCCUCAAGAGGAAGCUAGAUGAUUUGCAUGUCAUGUUUAUCAAAGACAUUAA